AUGGGAAGGUCGAAGUCUCACCAAGUCCUCGCUCAGCUGCUGGACACCCUGUUGGUGAUCGGCACAAAACUCACAGAGAAUCCGUCGGUCAGGAUGAGACUGGUGGAGGUAGCGUGCAAGCACCUGACAGAUUCUUCCCAUGGAGUAAGAAACAAGUGUCUUCAGUUAAUCGGCUGUCUUGGACCGGUGGAAAAAGGUGCUGCGAAAGAAGUCGAAAGCCAGGCUGCCAAAGAUGUCCAGAAGAUCAUAGGAGAUCAUUUUAAUGACCAGGACCCUCGUGUUAGGACUGCAGCUAUCAAAGCCAUGCUUCAGCUUCAUGAAAGAGGAUUAAAAUUACACCAGGCUAUUUACGGUCAGGCCUGCAAGCUGCUGGCAGAUGAUUACGAGCAAGUGCGCAGCGCCGCGGUGCAGCUCAUCUGGGUCCUCAGCCAGCUCUACCCUGAAAGCAUCGUCCCGAUUCCUUCUUCUAACGAAGAGAUUCGCUUGGUGGAUGACGCCUUUGGAAAAAUCUGCCACAUGGUCAGCGAUGGCUCCUGGGUGGUUCGAGUGCAGGCUGCCAAGCUGUUGGGUUCCAUGCAGCAAGUUAGCUCCCAUUUCUUGGAGCAGACCCUCGACAAGAAGCUCAUGUCGGAUCUGAGGAGGAAGCGCACGGCACACGAGCGAGCCAAAGAGCUCUACAGCUCCGGGGAGUUCUCGAGUGGCAGAAAGUGGGGAGACGAUGCUCCCAAAGAAGAAAUCGAUACGGGCGCCGUCAACUUGAUUGAAUCGGGAGCUUGCGGCGCUUUUGUUCACGGCCUGGAAGACGAGAUGUAUGAGGUUCGGAUCGCCGCCGUCGAAGCUCUCUGCAUGCUGGCUCAGUCCUCGCCUUCCUUUGCGGAGAAGUGCCUGGAUUUCUUGGUGGACAUGUUCAACGACGAGAUCGAGGAGGUGAGGCUGCAGUCGAUACACACCAUGAGAAAAAUCUCCCACAACAUCACGCUGCGGGAAGACCAGCUGGACACCGUGUUAGCCGUCCUGGAGGAUUCUUCAAGGGACAUUCGCGAAGCACUUCACGAGCUGUUGUGUUGCACCAACGUCUCAACCAAAGAAGGCAUCCACCUCGCGCUGGUGGAGCUGCUCAAGAACCUGACCAAGUAUCCCACGGACCGAGAAUCCAUCUGGAAAUGCCUGAAGUUCCUGGGGAGCCGGCACCCCACCCUGGUGCUUCCCUUGGUCCCGGAGCUGCUGAGCACCCACCCGUUCUUCGACACGCCCGAGCCAGACAUGGAUGACCCAGCCUACAUCGCUGUUCUCGUUCUGAUUUUUAACGCUGCCAAAAGCUGCCCCACGAUGCCGGCGCUGUUCUCGGAUCACACGUUCCGACACUACGCCUACCUUCGGGACAGCCUCUCCCACCUGGUGCCUCCCCUGCGAUUGCCGGGCAGGAAGCUGGUGUCCUCCCCUGUCUCUCCCAGUCUCGCUCCACACGAAGAUCCUUCCCAGCAGUUCUUACACCAGAGCUUGGAGCGAGUUUACAACCUGCAGCACCUCGACCCGCAGGGUGUGCAGGAGCUGCUGGAAUUCACCAUCCGUGAUCUUCAGCGACUCGGAGAGCUGCAGUCGGAGCUGGCGGGGAUGGCGGAUUUCACGGCAACCUACCUCCGGUGUCAGCUGCUCCUCGUCAAGGCCUUGCAGGAGAAGCUGUGGAACGUGGCAGCUCCUCUGUACCUGAAGCAGAACGCGUUGGCAUCAACUGCAGCAAAACAGAUCUUGGAAGAAACGUACAAGAUGGAGUUCAUGUACAGCGGCGUGGAGAGCAGGCAGGUGGUCAUCAUCCACCACAUGCGGCUGCAGGCGAAGGCGCUGCAGCUCAUCGUGACGGCGCGCACGACGAGAGGAGUGGAGCCCCUUUUCGGGAUGUGUGAAAAAUUCCUCCAGGAAGUGGAUUCCUUUCAAAGGUGUUUCAUCGCUGAGCUCCCGCAUAUGCAAGGUAGUUUUGUCGAUAAAUUGCUCGACUUAAUGCCCAGACUCAUGACGUCCAAGCCUUUGGAAGUGGUCAAGAUUCUUCAGACGACCCUGCGACAAAGUACCUUCCUUCACCUUCCUCUGCCGGAGCAGCUCCACAGAGCUACUGCCAACAUCAUCGAGCCGACUGGUGAAUCCGACAAUCCCCUGCGCUUUACCUCGGGCCUGGUGGUGGCGCUGGAUGUUGAUGCAACCCUGGAACAUGUGCAGGAUCCCCAAGGAACCGUGAAAGUUCAGGUGUUGUAUCCAGAUGGACAAGCACAAAUAAUCCAUCCUAAACCAGCUGACUUCCGAAAUCCCGGUCCUGGAAGGCACAGGCUGAUAACUCAGGUUUACCUCUCGCACACAGCCUGGACAGAGCCCUGUCAGAUCGAAGUGCGGUUGCUGCUGGCUUACAACUCCAACAGGAGCAAAGCGUCGGCUAAAAUUCCUAAAUCCACCUGGAGCGAGAGCUUGGAGGCGAUCCCGCAGUCCGAAACCGGCAUCGAGGGGACCAUCCCCUUCAGCAAACCCGUCAAAGUUUAUAUCAUGCCCAAACCUGCCAGGCGGUGA